UGGACGGAGGUACAGAGCACGGUUGCAUAUCUAUGGAGACAUUUCGGGAUUUGAACCAGAAUUUUGGAAUGGAACUACUGGAUUACGUGAAGUAGCUGUACAGAUCACGCACCUUUUCUAACGUGUAGUUUUCUAUAAUUUAACUUAUUUUAUUUCUUGUAUAACAUUUGCUGUUUCAUACUCAAAUUCAGCGUGAAUUUGUAAAAGUUACAUGUUAAUGGUCUUUGUAGGGCGAGGAAGACAGAAGGGCGAGAAUUACUUUUUAACACUGUGAUUUUCUUUUGCCAAAUGAAGAUCAGAUGUAACAUUUAGAGGUGUGUAUGGGGGUAGGGUCUAGUGUUGCGCAUAUGGCUGUGCUUUCAUUUGCUCGGAUGCAGGUCAGUAACUGCAGCACGCUGGAAAGUAUUGAAUGUUACUGCAGAGAUCUGUAGCCAAACCACACACUGGUGACCAGAGCGUAGACAAAAAUCUGCGCGUAGCCUAAAAUGAAGUUGUCCGUCGUUGGAUGUGUUUGUGCGCUUGUUCUGCUGCUGCGACAACACCUCAGUCGAGGUGAUGUUGAAGUAGGACCCACUAAUACAGUCAACCCCUGCUGUCAGUUCCCCUGUCAGAACUCGGGUGUGUGUGUGAGGUAUGGCCUAGACAAAUAUCAGUGUGACUGCACCCGGACCGGUUACCAUGGAGAAAACUGCACUACCCCUGAGUUCUGGACCCGGGUCCGAACUCUCCUGAAGCCCACCCCUAGUGUGGUCCACUACAUCCUGACACACUUCCACUGGCUCUGGGACAUCAUCAACCGGACCUUCCUUCGGGACACUCUGAUGAGGCUGAUUCUGACAGCCAGGUCCAACCUGAUCCCCAGCCCCCCCACCUUUAACUCCAAGUAUGGUUACCUGAACUGGGAGUCUUACUCCAACACCAGUUACUACACCCGCAUCCUGCCCCCUGUCCCUCAUGAUUGCCCAACACCACUGGGGGUCAAAGGUAAAGCAGAGCUCCCAGAUCCAGAGGUCCUGGUGGAGACGUUGCUCCGCAGACGGACCUUCAGACCAGAUCCUCAGGGCAGCAACCUCAUGUUCGCCUUCUUUGCCCAGCACUUCACACAUCAGUUCUUCAAGACAUACAACCGCAUGGGCCUGGGCUUCACCAAGGCUCUAGGCCAUGGAGUGGACGCAGGCCAUAUCUAUGGAGACAACCUGGCUCGCCAGCUUCGUCUGAGAUUGCUCCGGGACGGCAAGCUCAAGUACCAGGUGAUCAAGGGGGAUAUGUACCCUCCCACGGUUGCCGUGGCCCCUGUCAAGAUGCACUACCCCCCGGGGCUCCCUGUGAAGAACCAGCUGGCCAUCGGCCAGGAGGUGUUUGGUUUGCUGCCCGGCCUGAGCCUGUACGCCACCCUGUGGCUGAGGGAGCACAACCGCGUGUGCGACGUCCUGAAGGAGGAGCACCCCACCUGGGACGACGAGCAGCUCUUCCAGACCGCCAGGCUCGUCAUCAUCGGUGAGACGAUCCGUAUCGUCAUAGAGGAGUACGUCCAGCACCUGAGCGGCUAUCUCCUGCAACUCAAGUUCGACCCCACGCUGCUGUUUGGUUCCCAGUUCCAGUACGCGAACCGCAUCUCCCUAGAGUUCAGCCAGUUGUACCACUGGCACCCCCUCAUGCCCGAUACCUUUGUCAUUGAGGACGACGAGCUCACUUACCCCCAGUUCCUGUUCAACACCUCAGUGCUGACCAGCUAUGGCGUGGAGACACUAGUGGAUGCAUUUUCCAAGCAGGUUGCUGGGCAGAUAGGGGGAGGCUACAACAUCCACAACGUGGCAACCAGGGUUUCUGUGGGAACCAUCAAAGAGUCCCGACAACUGCGUCUGCAGUCCUUCAACGCCUACAGGAAACGUUUUCACCUGAGGCCUUACACUUCCUUCUCAGACUUCACAGGUGAGAAAGAGAUAGCGCAAAAACUGGAGGAUCUUUAUAGCGACAUUGACGCCCUGGAGUUGUACCCUGGCCUGCUGCUGGAAAAGACCCGGCCGGGGGCCAUAUUUGGAGAGAGCAUGGUGGAGAUGGGGGCACCCUUCUCCCUGAAAGGCCUUUUGGGAAAUCCUAUCUGCUCACCAGAGUACUGGAAGCCCAGCACGUUCGGAGGCCAGGCAGGCUUUGAUAUAGUUAACUCUGCCACCUUGAAGAGGCUGGUGUGUCUCAACACACAGACGUGUCCCUACGUGUCCUUCAGUGUCCCCAGAGAGGGGACACCCAACACUGGGAAGGGGACACCCAACACUGGGAAGGGGACCCCCAACACUGGGAAGGGGACACCCAACACAGGGAAGGGGACACCCAACACUGGGAAGGGGACACCCAACACAGGGAAGGGGACACCCAACACUGGGAAGGGGACACCCAACACUGGGAAGGGGACACCCAACACUGGGAAGGCGACGUCUACUAAAGGAAGAGCGGUAGUCAUGACGACGCUGGAUGAUAAGAUCCUGGGGGAGAAGCUCCAGUACUACUGCAGCAGCAGCGAGGAUGAGGACAGCGACAAGGAGGAUGAGGAGGGGCAGGCCAAGACCAUCCGCAACCCCGACGUGCUGGAGCCGGAGAUUGAGUACACCACCGAUGGCAGCGCCAUCAAUACCGGGCCGAAGGGGGUGAUCAACGACUGGAGGAAGUACAAGCAGCUGGAGGUGGAGCAGCGGCAGGAGCAGAAGAUGGAGAUGGAGAGGCUCAUCAAGAAGCUCUCCAUGACCUGCCGCUCGGACCUGGACCUGGAGAAGGACAAGGAGAAGCAGAAGGACCUGCAGGACAAGAUCCACAGCAAGAUGACCAUGCAGGAGUACAACAUGCUCCAGGAGGGCGAGGAUGAUGAGGACUUCCUGAAGCAGUAUCGCCUCCAGCGCAUCGAGGAGAUGCGGCGCCAGCUGUACCGCGGCAAGCGCUUUGAGCAGGUCUACGAGCUGAGGUCCGGCGAGGAGUUCCUGGAGGCCCUCGACAACGAGGACAAGAGCACCCUGGUCAUGAUCCACAUCUACGAGGCCGAGGUGCCCGGCUGUGACUCCAUGGCGGGCAGCCUGCUGUGCCUGGCGCAGGAGUACCCGCUCGUCAAGUUCUGCAGCGUCCGAGGCUCUGCGAUCGGCACCAGCGCCCUGUUCCGGGGCAGCGCCCUGCCCGCCCUGCUGGUGUACAAGGGAGGGGAUCUGAUCGGGAACUUUGUGCGUGUCACCGACCAGCUGGGGGAGGACUUCUUUGCGGUGGAUGUGGAGGCGUUGCUGUUGGAGUACGGCCUGCUGCCCGACAAGCAGCUUCUCAUCCCCAAGACCAUCCGCAACCGGGCCAUCACACAGCACACGCAGAGCGACGAGGACUCUGACCUCGACAUAGACUAGACACACACACGUAUGCACAUGACAUCAAUUAGGGCCCCCAACGUCUUCUGUUCUGUAUCACGACUCGGCACAUCUGGCACACGCGCAGACACACAAUGACUGAAUUGCAUUGAACCCAUGCAGCACAGCCUCGAGGGUUGUUAAGGACCUUCACAUUCCGCGUUGCUCGUGUGGAGCUCUCCUCAACAUGUUGUUUUGGUCUAAAUCACCCCUAGCUUACUUUAACUAGGUAACACGCGUUAUCCUUUUAUUUGAUAUGCACAACGAAUAUAUGCAGACAUUACACUCUGAAUGACAUAUUUUUGACUGUAACUAUUUAUUCUUUAAUUGUGGAAAAAUCAUUUGUCUGUUUUCAACAUCUGUUUCUUGUGCAUGUUCUAUCAUGACUGUACUUCCCCCCCGUAGAAGUGUAAAAAAAAUCCUGUCCCAAACUGACUUUUGUGUUAGUUUUCUACUUUUUUUUUAAUGCGUUUGGUCAUAAAUAAACCUGAUAAGAAUUAUAAAAUGUAGCUGGAUUUGACUAAC